AGCGGCAACAACGACAACGACGUCGGCGGUAGAGACGACGGUAGAGACGACGACAAUGUUUCAGGGUCUGCCACAGCACGAGAGGCAGGAAUUCUUUUCGCUCCUUGACGAGUACUUUGAUGCACGGCCCCACCUCCUCCCCAUCUCUGGCGGUGCAGACGAGGCAGCCGCGGCGACGCCUCCGCCUCCCUCCGCGCGUGGCCCACCCCCAACAACGGCAGCCAAGCCAGCGCCGCCUCCGACGGCUCCGCGAGCCACACCGCUUGCGCCUGCUGCUUCUGUGUCCCCUGCUCCCGCUCGGAAACCGUUCCAUGCUGCGCCACCGAUCCCAGCGGGACUAUCCAGCGGUAAGUCAAUCGGGCGCAUGUCGACGGCGAGUGCAGGAUCUGCUUUUGGCUCGCUCGUAAAGGGCGAAAAGUCGCCUCCACCGCCCAAGAACCCGGCCGAGGCCAUCGCUGGUGCAUCCAGCUCACCUCGCUCCUCGCUCCCGCCGCCGGCCCGUCGAGGACCACCGCCGCCCGCUCCGGCUCCUGUUCCAGCGGGGCUGGGGCAAGGCGAGGCGCUGUUUGAUUACGCCGUCACCGAGGCGGAAGACCUGGCUGUGAGCGAGGGCGAGACGGUGGACCUGCUUGAAAGGAUCAGCGACGACUGGUGGAAGGCUCGGGCGAAGGAUGGCUCGGGCCGAGAAGGAAUCGUGCCAGCAACAUACAUCAAAGUCCUGUGAAGCAGAGGCAGAUGUUGCCAGGCAUGAGACUCAACGUGAAAUUAAUUACGUUGUCAGAGCUUGGCGAUAGCGCUUGGGGAGAGUUAUUAGUCACAGCCAGAGGGAAGGAUUGAUCGAAAAAGAAGAGAACGGGAAGCAGAUUAGCCGUCC